AUGGUGCUGAGCAGCGCGCAACAGUCGAUGAUCGACCUGGAAGACAACCAUGGUGCACACAACUAUCAUCCACUGCCAGUGGUCCUAUGCAAAGGGAGCGGGACCCGUGUAUGGGACAUCGAUGGAAAGUGCUACUUCGACUUCCUCUCCGCCUACUCAGCCGUGAAUCAGGGCCAUUGCCAUGCGAAGAUCUUGGGCGCUUUGACCGAACAGGCGCAGAAAUUGACCUUGACCAGCCGAGCCUUUCACAACGACGCCCUCGGGGAGUAUUGCAAGUUCGUCACCGAGUAUUUUGGCUUUGAGCGACUGCUGCCCAUGAACACAGGGGUUGAGGCGGCGGAAACUGCCAUCAAGCUUGCUCGCCGCUGGGGCUACGAUGUCAAGAAGAUCCCUGAAGGUGAGGCGCAGGUGAUCUUCGCGAGCGGUAACUUCUGGGGCCGAACCAUCGCAGCCAUCAGCACCUCCGAGGACCCUUCGUCCACCACCGGCUUUGGCCCCUUCGUGCCGGGCUUCAUCAACGUGCCCUACGACGAUCCCGAUGCGCUUGAGGCACAGCUGGCGGCCAACAGCGACAAGGUGUGUGCCUUCAUGGUGGAGCCCAUCCAGGGCGAAGCUGGAGUAGUGGUACCGCAGGAUGGCUACCUCAAGCGCGUCCGCGAGCUGUGCACGAAGCACAAGGUGCUUUGGAUCGCUGACGAGGUCCAGACCGGCCUGGGCCGCACCGGAAAGCUCUUGGCCUGUGACCACGAUGGCGUGAGGCCUGACAUCCUGGUCUUGGGAAAGGCCCUGUCAGGAGGUGUGUUGCCCGUCUCCGCCGUGCUGACCUCGAGCGAGGUGAUGUUGACCAUCCGCCCCGGUGAGCAUGGCAGCACCUACGGAGGAAACCCCUUAGCUUGCAAAGUAGCAACAGCCGCGUUGGAAGUGCUUCGUGACGAGGGCUUGAUAGAGAACUCUCGGCUGAGGGGUGAGCAACUGCGAGCAGGCUUGCAGAAGCUCUCGGAGAAGCCAGGCUCUCCCAUCGCGUUGGUGCGUGGCCGUGGCCUGCUCAACGCCAUUGUCAUCGGGGAGAAAGGGGAGAAGGGUAGCUAUGGCGAUGAGGGCCGUGCCUGGGAGCUUUGCGAACGCAUGGCGCAGCAUGGAUUGCUGGCGAAGCCCACGCACGGCACCAUCAUUCGCCUGGCACCUCCGCUGUGCAUCACCGCGGAGGAGGUGGAUCAGUGCAUUGAAAUCAUUGGCAAGAGCCUGGAAGGGCUUCCUUUUGAUGAAGCUUCAACUUUUGAGCCUCAACCCGAUGAGAUCUCCAAGCAUUCCGAGUUCUUGGAGACUUAUGCAGCCAACAUCGGGAGAAGCACUGGCUGCCCCAUGCUGCGGCCAGGCAAGGGGCAGAAGGUUUUGCCAACUAUUCCUCGAGGAGCACGAGGGAAGCCGUUCAUGAAGACGACCGAAGCACUGGGCUUUGAGCUCACAGGCUACCAGAUUAGCGAGCGUGACUUCCCGAGCUGGCCACCGGAGACAUCGAGUUACGAAGAGAAGGAGUGGUAUGCCAUGGCGAGAUCCCUCCGGAACGAAGCGCCACCUUUGCCCAAGCUGGCCAUUAAACAGGAGCCAGUCGUGGACAACUUCCCAGCCAUUCCCCCGCCAAGCAGGGCUGGCCGGCGAAGCUGA